UAGUUUACAAUUAUGUUGAAUCCUAUCACGCCCGGAGCCAGAGAAUUCCAUGACGGACAUGUGAAUUAAACAUUAUUAAAGGAUAUAAAGAAGAAGUGCGCGCUCUCGGCGAAGGGCAGCAUCAGCACCAGCAUCCAAUGCGCGUCCCCGCCCCGGUAGAGGCUGCCCGAGAACCCGGGAAGAGGAGUUGGAGCUGCGCGAGUUAAAGUUGGGCCAAAGGGGGGUGAGAGGAUGCUGCAGAACAAUCUACGAUCUAAAUAAGAUAGCCUGUACGGAGAAACGUGUCCUAAGUGAAGGAUGACUUGCAAAAUACUGAGCAUAUGCCUCUUAUUUUUGGGUUUUCAACAUUGCUCAUCACGAGAAUGUGUUGAUCCACUGAUCACCGGGCUCUAUGCCUCUUCCUUCCUGGCCUCCUCCAGAUAUAACUUUCUUUACUCUGCCAAUUUUGCCAAAUUAUAUGGCAGCAGUGGCUGGUCCCCCUCCCCCAGGGACAGGCAGCCAUGGCUGCAGGUAGACCUGGGCAGGAAGUACCGACUAGUGGCCAUCGCCACCCAGGGGACCUUCAACUCAUAUGACUGGAUCACCAAGUACACGCUGCUCUAUGGAGACCGACCGGACUCCUGGACCCCCUACAUCAUGGAGGGAGGAAACUCUACGAUGCCUGCAAACUGGAAUUAUUAUCAGUUGAGGAGAAAUGUCUUCCAUUACGCAUUUACUGCUAAACACAUUCGUCUGCUGCCUCAGGCGUGGAACACCGAGAACGGAGGGAAGAUCGGCGUGAGGCUGGAGCUGUACGGCUGCCCUUAUGAUUCCUAUGUGCUACAGUACAACGGCGAUGACUCAGUGGUGUACAUGUACCCAGAAAAGAGGUACCGCACACAAAACGACCACAUUGCCAUAAACUUCAAGACUCUGGAGCAGGAUGGUCUGCUGUUACACAGUGAGGGGAUUCAAGGAGACCUCCUCACCUUGGAGCUGAAGAGAGGCCGUCUUUACCUGCACAUCAGCCUAGGAAGCAGUAUAAUACAUAAAGUCGAUGGUCGAACAACACUGACUGCUGGCAGCCUGCUUGACAAUCUACACUGGCACUAUGUUACCAUCAAGCGCGUAGGUCGACAGGUCAACUUCACAGUGGACAGUCACACAGUCACAGCCAUCUGUAAAGGAGAGUUUACAACCCUGGAUCUGGAUACGCAGUUAUAUGUCGGAGGUGUCAUAGAGCAAAAUUUGCCUCAUUUGCCCACUACACCCAAUUUCCUGGGCUGCCUGGAAAACGUCUUCAUCAAUGGCAUUAACAUCAUCUACAUGGCCAAGAGAGAAGAACCUGAAAUCCGCAUCCCUCGAAAGAAAAAGAUGCAUUAUGCCUGCAGGGACAUUCUGCUCAAACCGAUGACCUUUGCCGGGCCCAACAACUACCUGCAGGUGCCAGGCUACUUCAGAAGGCCUCGUUUGUUUGUAAAGUUUAAGUUCCGCUCAUGGGACUACACUGGGCUGCUUAUGUUCACACGAUUUGCUGAUGACCUGGGUGCCCUUGAGCUAGGCCUGAGCGAGGGACAGAUCAACGUCACUAUAUUCCAACCGGGCAAAAAGAAACUCCAGUUUGCUGCGGGUUACAGGCUAAAUGAUGGUUACUGGCAUACAGUGGAUUUGGCAGCCAGAGACAACCUACUGACCUUGACAAUUGAUGAAGAGGAGGGCUCUCCACUAAAGAUCACCAACCCUUUCACAAUCCGAACAGGAGACCGCUAUUUCUUUGGAGGUUGUCCCAAAACGAAUAACACAAUAAGGAAGUGUGAGACCAAGCUGAACCGCUUCCAUGGUUGCAUGCAGCACAUCUUUAUAGACAAUGAACAGCUUGAUAUCGACAUUAUUCUGCAACGGCAGUGGGGGCGCUAUGCUGAGCUAUUGUUGGGAACUUGUGGCAUAGCUGACAGAUGUAAUCCAAAUCCAUGCGAACAUGAAGGCAGAUGCAUCCAGUCCUGGGAUGACUUUAUCUGUGUGUGUGAGAACACUGGCUACAAAGGAGAAGUGUGUCACAUGUCUGUUUAUAAAGAGUCAUGCGAGGCCUACAGACUCAGUGGCAAGUAUUGGUCUGGAAACUACACCAUCGAUCCUGAUCUCAGUGGACCUCUGAAACCAUUUGAAGUGUACUGCAAAAUGAAGUCAUAUAAAGCUUGGACAGUGAUUCUAAAUGACCGUGUGGAUGGUACCAAGGUGACUGGGAGUUCAAUAGACCGGCCAUAUAUCGGAAAUGUCAACUACUGGAACGCCUCCUGGGAUGAAGUAUCUGCUCUAGCAAACACCUCCGUGUACUGCGAGCAGUGGAUCGACUACUCCUGCUACAAGUCCCGUCUCCUCAACACCCCCAAUGGAAGACCUUUUGGGUAUUGGAUUGGUCGUGACAAUGUGAGUCACUAUUACUGGGGUGGAACAUUCAGAGAGGUCCAAAAGUGUGGCUGCGCUAUCAACCAAACCUGCACCGAUCCCAAGUUUCAAUGCAACUGUGAUGCUGACUAUAGACAAUGGUACUCAGAUAAGGGCUACUUGGACUGGAGAGACCAUCUGCCCGUGAGGAAGGUGGUGGUCGGGGACACCAACAGGACCGGCUCAGAAGCACAAUACACUGUUGGGCCUCUUCGCUGCCAUGGCGACAGAAACAUCUGGAACACCAUAUCCUUCACCAAGCCCACAUACAUAACCUUCCCCACCUUCAGGCCGGGCUCCAGUUGUGACAUCUCCUUCCAUUUCAAAACUUAUCGUGACCACGGCGUCUUCUUGGAGAAUUCUGAUGACCAACUUCGAAACUUUAUACGACUAGAGCUGAAUACCACCCAUAACCUUGCAUUUAUUUUUAUGGUUGGCGAUGGCAUUGUAAAUGUGACACUAAACUCCCCUGUUCCACUCAAUGACAACGAGUGGCACUUUGUUCAGGCUGAGCUUAAUGUGAAGCUGGCCCGAAUCAAGGUUGAUUAUCAGCCCUGGGCUGUCAAGCGUUUUCCAGGUCAGACUUUCGUCACCAUGAAGUUCACACAUCCUGUUGUAGUAGGUGCUGCUAACCGCACCCUGAGACCGUUCUUGGGGUGUCUUCGAGGGCUGCGAAUGAACGGGGUUACUCUUGAUCUAGAGGGGAAAGUAAAUGAAGAACAGGGUAUAAGGCGGAACUGUACUGGAGAGUGUCUCAAUGCGACCAUACCAUGCAGAAACUGUGGCCAGUGUAUAGAGGGCUAUGCUUCCUACACCUGUGACUGUAACAACACAGCUUUUGAUGGUUUCUACUGCCAUAAAGACAUUGGAGCCAGCUUUGAGCUUGGCUCGUGGCUGAAAUACAACAUACGAAAGAAGCCUAUAACAGACGAAGCAGCGUGGGCCAACUGGAUCGACCCGCACUACGACAACUUCAGCCUCGGCUACAAUGACACAGCAGAUGACAUUGAGUUCAGUUUCAGCACCGUUUACAAGCCAGCUGUGUUGCUCUACAUCAGCUCCUUUGUCCAAGACUACAUUGCUAUAAUCCUCAAAAAUGAUGGUAGUGUAGAUCUGAGGUAUAAGCUGGGGCUCAUAACACACAAGUACCAGCUGACUCACCGUAACCUGGCAGAUGGAUACCCCCACUACGUCAACAUAACCAGACACAACAGAACCAUCAAAACACAGGUGGAUUACAUGGAGCCCAUAGUGGAAAAGAUAACCUUAGUGGAGGAUGCCAGGUUUGACUCUCCAAAGUCCAUGUUCAUGGGCAGAGUGAUGGAGGUUGGUGACAUUGACUAUGAGAUCCAGAGGCAUAAUUCUCCAGGCUUCAUAGGCUGCAUAUCUGGGGUGAGAUACAACGUCUACGCGCCCUUAAAGGCCUUCUUCCGUCCUAAUGAAACGGAUCCUCCCGUAACGACGCAAGGCUACGUAUCUGAGUCCAACUGUGGCGCCUUCCCUCCUAUCCUGGGUUAUGUACCAUGGGAGGUUGACCCCUGGUUUACCACCAUAGAAUAUAUUUACAUCCAUGAUGACCUGGGCCUGUUUUGGAUAACAGUCAUUGUCAUCCUGGCGCUGCUGCUGCUCUUCGGAGGCCUGUACAGCAUCUAUGUAUAUGCCUAUCAGCAGAAGGGCAGCUACAGCACCAAUGAACCCAAGAACCUGGAUUCCCCCAGCAGCUCCAGGCCGCUGACCGAGACCCUGAGGAGAGAAAAAAAGAACCUCCCGGAAAUUGAAGAAGAGUUCAGGAGCGACUAAAAACACAGGACUUUUGGGAUCAUAGGGGUGGGGUUUGAAUAGGGGUUGGGAGGAGGGAAAUAGCACUUACAACAACCACAGUUACCUGUUUUCAGUUUUUUCUAAUUCCUUUGUUCUGUUUUCUUAUAUUUUUGUUUUGAGUCCGUUGAGUUGGAUCAGACAGCUGGUGCUCCAUAUAGUACGUAUUUUGGUAAGGGUUAAAAGUUCACAACAAGCCCCAUGUUGCGUGAGUAGUCAACAAGUCUCACACUGUAUUGCAGGGCGAAAUACUGAAGUGCCUCAUCAAAGCAAGCUUAAUCUGGAUUAGCAUAAUAGUUUAUUCAGAUUGGGUUCAGAUUAGACACUGUGGGAUCAGGAUUUUAGGGGAUCUUUAGUUACAGUUGGGACAUCAGUUAAAUGUUUUCUAGCUCUUUUAUUGAUUUCCUGAGCCAUUUAGACUAAUUGAAGCUACCAAUGUCUAACUGUAUUGCCAUCCAAGAUAAACCUUUUGAUAACAAUCUUUAAAGGGAGCCAUUUUUUUACCUUAUUGUUUAUAAUCUGUUUUGGGUUUGAGCAGUGAACACAUCUAAUAACUAGUGAACUAACCCAGUGUGACAAAAAUCCAGAUCACUGUAACAAAACUGGUGUUCAUAACAACAAACCGAAGAGACAAACACACUGGCAUGGAGCUUUGAGAUGAUGCAUAUUAAGAUUGUAAGAGGCAUAUACGCUUAUACUUGUUGUAUUGCAGCCUAUAACAGUGCAUUACCUAUACAGAAUGGCACAUGUAAGUGGUUCAGAUUUGCCAUAGUGUCAGUAGAUAGCAGCUUUGCCGAUUACAGUAUGCUAAAACACAUUCUCAACUAUGGGGCUACGGAAAUGAGAACGUGAUGAUAUGAUACUCCUCUAGGUGUGAGAGCUAACAGGAUGUUGGUCUGGUUCAGAAACAAUUCAAAGGUUGAGGUGAGGCUCACCAGGGACAGGCUAAAAAUAAAUCAAGAUAUCAUUCCUUCUGUCUUGCUUCUGGUUGCUUAUAUUAUGUCCUAGCAACCAAUAGCUCGGUGCUACAGAGAGUUUGACUCGGCAGAAAUCUCUAACAACAGUCUAAAAAAAGAAUCAAGUCUUUUUACAAUCCUUUCAUCCCCAAUCAGAAGCAUCUUUCAGGAAACAGCUGCUCGCUGUGCCCAUAUGGAGAAGCAUACUGAUAAGUACACAUGCACACAGACAAUAACAUGUACAGAGGACCACAAAAGUGUAAAUGCUAACUUCUCAUACUGCUUUAAAGUCUUUGCACAAUGCUGUAGAACAGUAGUCGAACACGCUGUUAUUGCUGCUGCUGCUUGUUUAGCUGCUUUCAGUGGAAAGUUGAUCUACUCUUAUGAAAUCUUUCUUCUCUAGCAAGAUGACAUUUCAUUCGAUACGUGGUGCAACCAAAGCUUCAGGCUAUCAUCACUCACCGCCGCUCUCCUUGACAGAAAAACACUAUUGUGUAGGGAAAAAGCUAAACAUUUGUAACAUAUCAGCUAUGCAUUUGUAGAGCAUGCAGCACUUUGCAGUAACAUGAAAUAAUACGAGCUUCUUUCAGCCACCAAUGAUGUUUAAUUUGCAUCAAGUAGGAUUUAAUGAGUGUAUACGUGACUAUAUAUGAACAACGUGUUUAGCGACUUUUAUAUUCCUAUUGUUUAUACAAAACAGUUAAAGGGAGUGCUUUGAAUGUGAAUCUUCUGACUCGCAAUGUAUGAGCGGACACUACAGUGAUGACCUUCUUGGAUGUUUUCAUUGUAGGCUGCUUAGCACUGACAGUAAACUCACUCAUGGUAGCUCUCUAGAAUGCUCAGGAAAAAGAAAGUACAGUACUUGUUCUCUGUAGCACUUUUACACCUCCAAAGCUCAACACUUGGUUCUUCCGUUACAGAUGGGCAGAACUGUGCGAAAACUGUACAUUGAAAGGAUGUAAAAACUGCGAAUACUGUAAAGACAAGACUUGCUAAUACUGUAUGAAAAUGUAUAGAUUUGGCCAAAACUGGCAUGAACAGGCUAUAUUUUUAAGAAUGCUGUAAUGAAAUGAAUGAUACUGAAAAGUGAGAAAACAGAGUGAAACUGCUGGUUUGUGAUUGACAGAAGAAUAGUUUGUAUUUUUUUGUUAAAUGGACAAUCACCACUUGAAGUUCAUAUGCUUUGUUGCCUAUUAGGAAGGAGUCGACUAUUGUAUUAUAUGAAUGUAUACACCUCACUGUAUUCAUUGGUAAAUAGACUAUAAGCAUUCAGCAUAGUCAGUGCAUAGCUAGUUAAUCCAUGCGUGGUCCCUGGAGCGUGUGUAUGUGAAACUGAUGGGAUGUUUAGAUGUUCGUGCAUUUGUAGGUUGCCCACCAAGAUACAACAUAAAACUGUUCAAUAAGAACUCUGUUUAGAAAACGAAUAUGUGCACUGAUGCCAACUAUCAAACGUAUUGUAGUGCAAGUAAAGUAAAUGGAGACAAAAACCUGGAUGUGGUUCAGAAUGACCCCUCUUUUUCCAGAUAUCAGGUGUUUGUAAAUUACAAGCACAUUGAAUCUGUGCUGAACUGAACCUGAAGCGUCCAUACUGCAUUCUUAUAAUGGAGGCAAUGGCUUGAAUAAAAGGGAUAAAGAUAAUAUGGCCAGUAGAGGGAGUGGGUCAGAAGGAUAUUGUUAGCUCGGACUUGGUAUCUGCUGAUUUCACUCCAUGUGUUACGUUUUGAGUGCUGUUUAAGUUAAACUUAUCAGUAACAUCAGAAUCUUUUUUUUUUUUAAAGGGACAUAAAGUUAAACUGGGGUUCAAAUUAUUUGCAUCUAUUUCCAUUCUGAGUUCAAUUAACACUUUAAUUCUCAAAAAGGCCUUAAGAAUUGUUCAUACUUUCUAUGAAUCUGCAGAUACCCUGUCAACAACGAUUUCAUGUUUGAAAACAGACGAUAAAAGCAACAGUGUGAGUAGUUCCACUUCUCUGCACCAUCAACCGAAUUCUUCUGCAACGAGUACAAGAACCGAUCGUUACAGUUGUUUGUGAUCACACUGAAAUGUAGGAUUUUUUCUUUUUGUCAGUCAGCUCGAUUUUGUUUUGUAAUACUUUCACUGUAAAUGACCAUUACUGUGUGAAUCAAGGCAAAGCCAAGCCGUCACCUCAAUAAAAGAAGCUUAAAAUGAA